UCACGGGUGGCCUUCCUCCUCCAGGUCAUGAUGCUGAGCUCAGUGCCAGAAUUACACGGCUACAUCGACAAGGCCCAGCUGACGGAGGACCUGGGCGGGACCCUGGAUUACUGCCACACCAGGUGGCUGUGUCACCGCACAGCGAUCGAGAGCUUUGCUGUCUUGGUCAAGCAGACAGCUCACGCGCUGCAGUGCUUCGGGACCGAGCUCGCUGAAACAGAGCUGCCCAAUGACGUCCAGUCCACAAGCAUGGUGCUCUGCACACACACGGAGAAGAAGGACAGAGCAAAGGAGGACAUGCGGCUGGCAGUGGGAGAGGGGCAGAGCAUCCUGGAGGCCAUCAGGGGGCCCCUGGCCAAGAGCGCAGAGCAGAGCCUGAACCAGACGCAGCUGGACAGCCAGGCCACUGUGCAGAGGCUCCUAGCGCAGCUGCAGGAAACCGAGGCCGCCUUUGAUGAGUUUUGGGCGAAGCACCAGCAGAGACUUGAGCAGUGUCUGCGGCUCCGGCACUUCGAGCAGGAUUUCCGAGAGGUCAAAGCCGCCUUAGACGCGUUGGCGCAGAAGAUAGCGACCUUCACCGAUGUGGGCAACAGCCUGGCACACGUGGAGCACCUCCUGAAGGACCUCUCCAGCUUUGAAGAGAAGUCCAGCGUAAGGACGGGGCAUGGACCAGUCUGGGCGGGAGACAGCCUGGAGGUGGUGCUCACAGCACCAGCAGGGCUGCUCAGGAAGGCUCGGGAUUUCCGCAGGGCCCAGCAGCGCGUGCUCAGCACAGACUCCUGGACCCGGCGGCUAACGGUCUGCUCUCUUCCUCUGCCACGCUUCCCGUGCCAGUCCAUGAAAUGGUGUGACGAGGGCAUCUACCUGCUGGCCUCGCAGCCUGUGGACAAGUGCCAGUCCCAGGACGGCGCCGAGGCGGCUCUCCAGGAAAUCGAGAAGUUUCUGGAGACCGGUGCAGAAAAUAAGAUCCCAGAGCUCAGUAGGAUUUACCAGGACUAUGAAUCCAUCCUUACCCGAGACCUGAUGGAACACGUGCAGAAGGUCUUCCAGAAGCAGGAAAGCAUGGAAGAGAUGUUUCACCGGAGGCAGGCCAGCCUGAAGAAGCUGGCCGCCAAGCAGACGCGGCCUGUGCAGCCAGUGGCCCCCCGGCCAGAGGCGCUCACAAAGUCGCCCUGCCCCUCCCCAGGCGUCCGGAGGGCUUCCGAGAGCCCCAGUCCCGAGGGCGGCGCGCUCCGGAGAGGGGCCUACCGGAGGGCCAAGAGCGCCAUGAGUGACAGCCGGCAGGGCCGGAGCGGCUCCGCGGUGGAGGAGGAGGGCCUGGCCGUCUUGCGGAGGCACGUGAUGAAUGAGCUCCUGGACACGGAGCGCGCCUACGUGGAGGAGCUGCUCUGCGUCCUGGAGGGCUAUGCUGCCGAGAUGGAAAACCCUUUGAUGGCACAUCUCCUGUCAGCCGGCCUUCAAAAUAAGAAGGACGUCCUGUUCGGGAACAUGGAGGAAAUCUACCACUUCCAUAACAGAAUAUUCCUGAGGGAGCUAGAAAACUACACAGACUGCCCGGAGCUGGUCGGAAGGUGUUUCCUAGAAAGGAUGGAGGAGUUCCAGAUCUACGAGAAAUACUGCCAGAACAAGCCGCGCUCCGAGAGCCUGUGGAGGCAGUGCUCCGACUGCCCCUUCUUCCAGGAAUGCCAGAAGAAGCUGGACCACAAGCUGAGCCUGGACUCUUACCUGCUGAAGCCAGUCCAGAGGAUCACCAAGUACCAGCUGCUACUCAAGGAGAUGCUGAAAUACAGCAAGAGCUGUGAGGGAGCCGAGGACCUCCAGGAGGCACUCAGCUCCAUCCUGGGCAUCCUCAAGGCCGUGAACGACUCCAUGCACCUCAUCGCCAUCACAGGCUAUGACGGAAACCUGAGCCAGCUGGGGAAGCUGCUGAUGCAGGGCUCCUUCAGCGUGUGGACAGACCACAAGAGGGGCCACGCCAAGGUGAAGGACUUGGCCCGCUUCAAGCCCAUGCAGAGGCACCUGUUCCUGCACGAGAAGGCUGUGCUCUUCUGCAAGAAGAGGGAGGAGAACGGGGACGGGUACGAGAAAGCCCCUUCCUACAGCUACAAGCAGUCCCUGAACAUGAUGGCGGUUGGCAUAACGGAGAACGUGAAAGGCGACCUGAAGAAGUUUGAGAUCUGGUACAAUGCCAGGGAGGAGGUGUACAUCAUACAGGCUCCAACUCCCGAGAUUAAAGCAGCAUGGGUGAGUGAGAUCCGGAAGGUGCUGACCAGCCAGCUGCAGGCUUGCAGAGAGGCCAGCCAGCACCGAGCACUGGAGCAGUCUCAGAGCCUGCCCCUGCCCGCACCGUCCAGCACGAGCCCCUCAAAAGGCAACACGAGAAACGUCAAAAAGUUGGAAGAAAGAAAAACGGAUCCCCUAAGCCUGGAAGGAUAUGUGAGCUCAGCGUCGUUGCCAAAGCCUCCCGAAAAGGGGAAAGCUUCUCCUACCAGUCCUGACAAAAAAGCUAAGCGACACGAAGUAAAGAGCGAUCCUACACCUCUUGGUUUACGAGGAUGGAGCAGAGCCUCUCACCCCUUGGAGGCCCCAGUGGACGACGACGGCUGGUCAAGUGCUGAGGAGCCGAUCAAUUCCUCGGACGCAGAGGAAGAAGGCAGAGUCGGCCCCUGGAAGCUGGCUCCAGGCAAGUACACUGCCGUGGUGGACCACGACAAGGGAGGCCCCAGCAUGCUGGCUGUGAGAAGUGGGGACGUGGUGGAGGUGGUCCAGGAGGGCGACGAGGGCCUUUGGUACGUCAGGAACCUGACCUCCAGCCAGGAGAGCUGGGUGCCAGCCGGCAGCCUGUCUGCGCUCCUCGGCAAGUCCAGCUCGGCCCAGUGCCUGAGCAGCUCAGACUCCAGCACAGGGUCGGCCCUGCUGAGCAACUCCUCCAGCUGCAGCGAGAGCUGCGGGGGCCCCCUCUCCGAUCUGCAGGGGUAGCACCAGCCCUGGGGGCACAAGAGCCACCUGCGAGCCUCUUAAGUUUUCCUUUGCUUGGGCUUGCUUAGUUUGGUGAGGGGACCGUGCUCUAGACACCGGGAAAAGGAAGACCCUGACAAGAACCGAAUGCAGAGCCACCUGCUACCCACGGAACCUGGUGCUGCAGGACGUGGGGGCAUCUAGAUGAAGGUUCCAGAAGAUUCUGCCCUCCAGCCUCCAUGCCAGGACCCCUCGCCAGGGUGCAGAGCUGGUUCUCCAGGAAGACCAUGGCACACUGAGCGGCCUAAGAAAAUCAGACGGGGUCGGGGCCUGUGCAGACAAGCGACAAGGCAGGGCCGCCCUCUGGCCUCUGCCGGUGCCUGGGGCACCCCCCACGCUUGGCUCUGGGUCCCAACGUUUCUGGUCCGGUGCUUACUGCACACUGUGGAGCUGUGCCCAAAAGAAGUGACCGAUUCACUGACCCAACAGCUGGGGGAGAUUUUACCUUUACCAGGUUUUUUUUAAAGCAAGGAUUGAUUCCAUGGCCAUUUUUGUGAUACUUCGGCCUCUAAUCUUUACCAAGAAUCACUGUGUUUACAUGAAAUGACGAUUUGAUACUGUAUUUGAUACAAAACUAUUUUUUGUUACUGGGGUUUACACAGCAGCAUGUGUUUCUACCACCGGCUGAUUUGCAGGAUUCUCAGGUGGACAUCGACGGCACUUUUCAAAGCCCACCUGAUCACAGGUGAAGGAAAACACCACCCUGCAAAUAGCAGCAGCGUUUCCACAGACAAAAGCAGUGAGAAGCCAAGGAGAUUCCUUUACCUGUGUAGAUGAAUUCUCAAAAGAAAAUUUAAACUAUAAUUUAAAAUACUAACUUUCUUUCCUACAAAAAAGAGAGAACUCAAUUUUUUUUAACUAGUUUCAAAUUAGGAUAUUUUUAUUGUUUUUAAAGAAUAAGUAAGAAUGCAGUGGGGCCGGGCGUCAUGUGAACCGGCGCUGUCCCCCACGCUCAUGGAAACCUGAGCGAGCUGCCCCUCUGCCCCCCACGCUGCCGCCGCCCACUCACUGAGUGACUCGCCGGCGUGUGCUGUGUAUGAUCACCCGGAGUGCAGAGCUUAUUUUAUUCCAAUCAAAACAGAACUGGAAAGAAGACUCUUGUUUUACCUUCCAUGUGUGUUUCAGAUUCUGUUAUUUGGGAACUCUGUAUCUGGUGUGGCAGAUACUUUUACAUGUAUGUAUAUAUGUCAGCGUGUGUACAUAUGUAUCCAAUGUGAGGGAUUAUUUAUAGUCUCCAUGCUGCUGGAAAUGUGUCACUUUACAGCCCUCCGUGAGUCCCCACCUGCUGCGGCCCGAGGCCAGCAGGCUUCCUCCCUCCCGCCACGUGCAAGGCCAUUGCUAGCCAGGUCUCUUGGAGUUUGUCAAUAAAACAGAGAACGUGUAAGACUCGGCAGCCUUCGCUCUGACGUAUAAGUUAUUUGAAAAUGGUGUGUCUCAUAGUUAAUGUAGCAAUUGUUCAGCCACCAUUCCUGCCACCUCAACCUGGGAUUGCCCACCAUUUUUUGUGAUUUCUUCCUCAUAAAGGCACUUUAAAACUUCA